UUGCAGUGUGAUGUAUACACCAUGGGGGAAGGCUGUUUCUAAACCAACAUAAUCACAGUGACGACUUAAUUCACAAGAGAGGCAGAGAGGCUACAUGUGAUUUCAACAGGAGAAGAAACAUGGAGACACGAAUGUUUGCAUAUUGCUGGAUCGUGAUCAUUGCAACAUUCAGAGCAGGAUCUGAAUCUUGUGUCGACACAUUGGAGGAUCACUGCAAGACAGCGGAUUGUUCACAACCAGGAAUUGAUGUCACCUGUGCGAAGACGUGUGCCAUUUGCCGAGAAGAAGGUUGUGCAAAAGGUUACUACAGGACAGCUGAGAGAACCUGUGAAUCCUGUGCCAAACCGCCGGUAUCACAUCGUACUGACUCAUACAACAGUUCCUGUCUAGAAGAGUGUCCCGAUGGCAAGUUGGGACUUGACUGUAAUAAAACCUGCAGCAUUGGGUGUACGUCUACUUGUCGCAGGUGGACUGGUCUAUGCCAUGGUGGAUGUAAACGCUGCUACUGGGGUCUUAAAUGUAAUCAUAUACAUGCCAGGUGUAUCUGUGACCAAACCGCCGGGAAAUGUAUGUGUAAAGAAGGAUAUUAUGGAGAAACGUGUGACUUAAAGUGCUCACUUAAUUGUGGUGGUGUAUGCGAUACCAAAGAUACGUGUUACAGGGGAUGCAAGGAAGGUUGGUCUGGCAAGAUGUGCGAUCACUCCUGUGUAAACUGUUUACUGAGCAAGUGCAUGGCUGAUGGAACCUGUACACAGACUUGCAAGGCUGGUUUCUAUGGUAACUUGUGUCAGGUCGCAUGUAAUAAACAAUGUAACAAUAUCACAUGUAAAUGGAACACAGGCGAGUGUGACGAGGGAUGUACUGCUGGGUGGUAUGGUGGCAGAUGUGACAUCAGAUGUCCGGGAAACUGUGCUUCAGAAUUGUGUGACAGAACUGAUGGUGCAUGUUCACACUGUAAGAAUGGUUUCAUGGGUUCUAACUGUACCACACCAUGUCCACAUAAUUGUGCUACGAAGACAUGCAAACAAAAGGAUGGUACGUGUGUCAAGUGUAAAGUUGGCUACAGCGGAUCUCACUGUGACACACCUUGUCCAGACAAUUGUGCUACGAAGACAUGCAAACAAAAGGAUGGUACGUGUGUCAAGUGUAAAGUUGGCUACAGCGGAUCUCACUGUGACACACCUUGUCCAGACAAUUGUGCUACGAAGACAUGCAAACAAAAGGAUGGUACGUGUGUCAAGUGUAAAGUUGGCUACAGCGGAUCUCACUGUGACACACCUUGUCCAGACAAUUGUGCUACGAAGACAUGCAAACAAAAGGAUGGUACGUGUGUCAAGUGUAAAGUUGGCUACAGGGGAUCUCACUGUGACACUCCUUGUCCAGACAAUUGUGCCACCGAUGCCUGUGAACAACAUGGAGCUUCCUGCACAGGAUGCAAACCUGGCUAUAAAGGUCCACACUGCGACACCCGGUGUCCAGAUAAAUGUUCAAGUUGUCACCAAUCUGAAAAUACAUGUAUCUCAUGCAAUGCUAACUGGUACGGGGGAACAUGUGGCAAAUCUUGCAACACAUGUCUGAAUGGUACAUGCAACAUAACUGAUGGAGCCUGCCUACAUGGAUGUAAACCGGGUAGCUAUGGACACCGCUGUAAUAGAACCUGUAAUGCAAACUGCUUAAAGACAGAAUGUUUCCGUGACUCGGGAAACUGUACACACGGCUGUAAGGACGGCUUGUGGGGGCCUCAGUGUAACAGCAGAUGUCCGUCACACUGUGCCAGGUGUGAUAGAGUUGAUGCUGCAUGUCUGGAAUGUGAGGAGAACUACUAUGGAGAGAACUGUAGCAGCAGGUGUUCCCCCAGGUGCGGCAGCUGUGACGGAACAGGACACUGUCUUACCUGUGCUGAAGGCUGGGAGGGAGACAACUGUCAUGCGUCGAAGAGUCUGCAGCCAUCAACACUAGUAUGGACCUCUGUAGUUGCAAUUCUGCUGCUUAUCAUUGCGGUCAUGGCCAUUAAGAUCGUUUCUAAAAGGGCAAGAGCGGUGUACCUCUCCCCCCGUUUUGAGGACAAUGUUUACUCAUCAGUUGAUGAUGUGUCACUGUAUGAGUUGGCUGAACCACGAGACAGUACUGGAUCUCAGUAUGCAACAAUUCCAGAUGCUGCAGUAUCGUUGGAAGACAGAGGCUACGAGCAGCUGAGACAGGCUUCCCCUUGCACGGGUUACACGUCUCUGUACUGAGAAGAGACAGUCUGAUCAAUUACAUCAUGUUCUUCUGGAAAAUCUUACCAUUUCAGUGCAGUUACAUACGCUUAUUAUGGAAAGAAGCGUAAUUGACUGUUUGAAGUCAUGAUUAAUACAUUUAAUCCUCCAUCUGUGUAGCCUAGUAGUAAAAGGUUUCGCCCGUCCCUGCAAAUGCCUGGGUUUAAUUCCCUACACGGGACAAUCUGUGCAAAGCCCGGAGUAAGAAACUGACGAGCUAGACUCAAGUUGUUUAUUAUAUUUCCAAUUCUGGUGGAUACAUGAAAGGAUGACACUGUUCUUUGAAAUUAUGUUUCUAAAUUUGUCAGCACCAUAUCAGUGUUCAUGGGUUUCACCAAUGUGGUAAACGUCUUAGACCUGCAUCACUUCGAUCUUUUCACCCAUAUGAAGCUGACAUGAUGAUAUAAUUGAAAGACGUAUCAAAACAGCGUUAAACCCAGCUCGCUUACUCAGUCAUUCAUAAACAUUUACAAUAAAUUAAUUAAAGGAGCGCUGUUAAU